UUUGGAAUCAUGGCUGCAGUUUCCAGUGAGCCUAAAAGCAGUCAGGAGCUCACUGCACACAGGGAUGAACAUGACAGUGACACUUGGGAGCUGUACUUGCAACGGAAAAACCUCAUCCAGCAGUUCCUGCGCUCCAGCCUGAGCCUGCGCUACCUCCGGAAGCAGCAGGACAAGGUUCACGUUCUGAAGAGGUGUUCCUUUUACCUGGAAAUUCAGCCCAAAUACGUGAUCUUGGCAGACCAGAACCAUGGGAUGCAUCGCACCGAGACCCUGCAGCUCAUAGACCACCAGCGGCUGCAGAGGGUGCGGAAGGUGGGAAAAACCCAGACCCAAAUCCAGCUGUUGCUCCUAACGGAGCUGCUGGAACAGCUGCAACAAGGCUGGGAGGAGCUGAACUUCUAUGCAGACUUCUGUGACAUGAUGACUUUCUUCUCCCAGUGGGAUGGGAUCAGGCAGAAACUGUCCAAGCUCACUGGGUUUAUGGAGACUCUCCUCUCCUUGGAGUACCCCGGGAAGAUCUGUGUCAAGGACAAUCUGUUGUCCCAUGAGCAUCUCAUGGGUAUCAGACCCCCCAGCAUCAGGCUGUCCCUCUCUACCAAGAUGCCAGUGGUUUUUGAUCGCAAAGAGUCUUUUGCCCUCAAGAACUGGGCCCGGCUCAAGUGGUUCACUGAGAAUCAAGAGUCACGCCUGGAGCCGUGCGAGCUGACCCUUAAGCUACUGACAAUUGGGUUGGAAGUGGGAAUCAGCAGGACCCACCAGGUCACCUCCAACACCCGCAUAGUGCAGAACCUGAAGCCAGGCAGAUCCUAUGAGUUCACCAUUAGAAGGUCACCCAAACGGACCCUGGUCCUUGAAGCGUGGCACGACACCAUCAUUCUGACAACGUGCACCACUGAUGAUGUGCAGAGCAGUGCUUGCACCCCGGAAGGAUGA